AUGGCUGAGCCUAGAGAACCUGGCGAUAUACCCCCAACCUUCAAGAUUGAUCUCUCACUUCCUCCCUCAGAAAGAUAUGUUGUCUUGGCCUCUUUAUAUCGACAGAAACUAAGGUCGCUCGUCGACAUUUUUCAUGAGAUUGUCGGCUGGUUGGACGGCAUCAUUUCCUCAAAAUGGAUCUACCGAGCUGCUCCCAUACUUCUAAGGAAGCUAUAUACCCGCGAGGAAACAGAAGAGAUUAAGGGAAUAUCUAGAGUUACGGGCAUAGACCUCUAUAUCCUUGUAUCUCUGAAUGUCUUCCUCGAUCUCCUUAUGGGAUGCACCAGCGGGGCAGCCUUGACAAAACAGCAACACGAUACUGAUGCAGGAAUGCUUCACUUUCGUACUCUCGACUGGGACAUGGAUGAGCUCCGCCAGCUGGUUGUGAAACUUGAGUACGUUCGCGGAUCUGAGAGUGACACUGUUAUUGCAACAAGUGUAACGUACGUGGGUUUUGUUGGAGUCUUAACAGGUGUGAGGAAGGGACUAAGCAUCUCAUUAAAUUUCCGUCCGAAUCACAAUUCAAGCAGGUUUUUGGCCAAUUAUCGGUUUUACGGAAGCCAUUUACUUGUGCUACUGGGGGUGAGACGGUCGAUAUCUUCAUUACUUCGAAAAUACCUACUAGCCCCAGAUCUGGAGCGUAUUCAUAGCCGCUCCUGGUUUGAUCGAAUGUUAAGACGGAAGAUAGCAGGGAACCCUUCACAAACACCUCUAGACCGGAUAGUAGAACAUUUACCUCGGGUGCCAACGACAGCAGCUUAUUUGAUCAUGUGUGAUGGAAACUCAGCGGCUGUUUUUGAGAAAGAUCACAGAAGCGCUGCUAUCCAGCGGUCGUCAUCAUUUGUCGUUGCUACUAACUGCGACUCAGUAAAUGGCCCUUCGGCUCUUCAGAAAGAAGAAGCUCUUGACAACGAAAAAGGCCAUGAUGACAGGGUAAUCAACACCCCCAACGAGCCCCUGGAUUUGGACGAUCUCAUUUUCCUCAGCAGUGAGCGACGAGCCCACAUGCAGGAUGCAUGGGAUAAAAAGGUAAAAGAGAAGCAAGACACAUUAUCAACCUCUCAUGAUUCUUCUAUGGCCGGACCCAUUCCGCAAGAUCGCCAACCGAGACCUACUAUAAAGUGCUCUUCUACCAUUUCACCAAGUCUAUGUGGCGACAAGCAAGUUACAGCAACACCCUCAGAGGUUGCUGAAUGGAUGAAUGGAUACCCUGUCACUAAUGAAAUGACUCACUUUGCUGCCAUCCUGGACCCUACUUUAGGCAAAGUGACCUGGCUUAGGCGGUACAUAGAUCCGCCCACCCAUAAUGAAACCAGUUGA